AUGGAGUUCAUAUGGGAACGCAAGCUUGGUGGGAUUCCGUUGGAUACGAGCAGCUUAUCCCAGCUGGCCAACGAGCUUGCUGAAUUGGAGGACGACGAGGACGAUCAUGUCACGGUCUCACCCCUUAAAGAGGGGGAACUUGAGAUUGAAGAUGAAGUUUGUACAAUUAAUCCGGUCGACGAUACUAUUACUCAUUACUCAGGAGAGUUCUCCUACUGGAAUUUUUCUAUGCGGAUUAAACGGAUGGUUGAGGAUCGGUUUGCUGGUUCAAUUGCUCAGCAAUCUGAAGGCCACGAUCAAGCCUGGUCGUAUUGGCGUGCAAAACAAUUGCGCCCUGCCUCAACUAUCAUUGCAGCCGUAACUUCAUGCAUCCCGCCCCGCCAUAUAGCGGACUUUUUGGUCUGUGUCUUUUUCAAGUACGCCGAAACACACUACUUCUAUGUCGAAAAGACCUGGCUCCUUGGCAAACUGAACGUUCUCUAUGCUAAUCAUUCGGAGUUUGGAAUGAAAGACGCUGCAACAGUCAGCAUCAUUCUUACCAUCUUUGCCAUCGGAACCCAGUAUGCGUAUCUUGAUUCCUCUGGCCAUAACGAAGCAAGGAAUAGUUCAGCACCAAAAUUUUCAGAAGAUGAACUUGGCACCAUGUUCUAUCGGGAGGCAGUUAGGCUCCUUCCCGAGAUAAUUGAGUCGUCUUCUUUGGAAAGUGUGCAAGCUUGUUUGCUCUUUGCGGCGUAUUCACUUCCACUUGAUGCCGCCGGUCUGGGUUAUAUCUAUAUCAACCUGGCCAUUCGACUGGCUAUGCAGAAUGGCAUGCAUAGAAAGUGCGCUGAUGACGCCCUUAGUGCUGCGCUGAUUGAAACAAGGAACCGUGUCUGGUGGACCGCCUACACACUAGAAAGCGAAAUCUCUCAACUGCGGAAUUGCCAGAAGCAGUACCUGCCCAGGAUUAUCUCCCAUUUGUUAACGAAAAAGAGCGAACUAGAAGCCUGGUGGGCGGCACUACCAAGCGAAGUACGCGAUGAAACAUCCCAACCGGACGCGCAAUUCCGGCCCAGGAUUCGCGCCAUACCUCAGCCAGGACCCAACAGUUCAGAAGUCGGUCGUGACAGUACAUCGCCGACAGAUGGCACCCAAACGCAGAACUCAGAUCACCAGGAACUAGUCGAAUGCUGUAUCCGAACUGCAAAGGAAGCCGUUGAUAUUUGUAGAUCCUUGAGGGACAACGGGCCGGGACUGGCAAGAGCAUCAUACAUAGAGUACAGCUCAUGCCGGGCAGCACUUCUUGUGUUGAUUGCAUACUCAAUCCAGAACCAAUCCGACCCAUUUCGCCGAUACUUAAGGGAUGGUUUAGAUAUGAUCCGUGAAAUGUCGGCAUCAGGAGACUCAGCCCGAUCGGAGGUUCGGCUGAUUGAGGCACUUGAGCGUGCCCUUGCCCGGUUGCACCUUUUCAAUACGCAACCGCACAGAGAUGACGAGAAUACAGCAUUGGCUCCGGCAGAUUUUGCUUCCGGCUAUGGGGGUUUCAAACAAUGGGAGUCGAUCUGGAAAGGGAAUACUAGUACAUGCGACAGUGUCGCCUCUCUGUAUGGCAGUUCCGCCCAUCCUCUGGCUCCCCAAACCUUGGUAUCGGGCAUACAGCACAGUCAUUAUACUAUUGACCAUGAGCCUCAAGGUGAUUUCUCGACGAGGACACUCAACUGCAGUAAGGACAACCCUGUGUCUUCCGGGCCAGACUGUGACGCAAAUCUGUACCCCCUUCGGCCGUUCUACUCUGCCUCUGAUCUGGCCCUUUUCAGUGAAGGAACUAUGCCUGCGUCUGCGUCAAAUACAACAUUGCAUCCUGAGAUGUCGGUACUCAAUGGAUUCCUCUCGGAUCCUGACCCCAGAUUAUUUUCUUACCUUGGGAUUGCGAGUGGAAUAGGAUCUAUGGACCCAACCUACCGGAGUUCCAUCUGA